AUCAAAGANGAACCUAAUGAAUUCCUCACAAAGCUACUAAAUGGAAUAAAAGCAGUGGGAAACAAAGAGGUAGAUCUAGGUGUGAUUGAUCCUCGAGAGAUUAGGUUUCAAACCAGAAAAUUCUAUAGAUACAUUGGCUCUCUCACUGUUCCUCCAUGCACCGAAGGCGUUCUUUGGACUGUCGUCAAAAGGGUGAACACAAUAUCAAUGGAGCAAAUCACAGCUCUGAGGGAAGCCGUUGAUGAUGGGUUUGAGACAAAUUCAAGACCGGUUCAAGACUCAAAGGGCAGAUCAGUUUGGUUCUACGAUCCAAAUGUUUGA